AUGCUCAGCCUUAGCGACGAGUGCCACGCCGCUGCCAUCCUCCAGACUCGCCUCCUGCAGCAGACUCCGAGCGUGGCGGUCAUGUGCCUCGAGCGCCCCAGGGACCCCCGGGCACCGCAGCGCCCUCUGUCCUUCCACGUCUUCACGUGGCAGCCGUUCCUCUCCGCGGCGAAGCUGGUCCCUCUGGGGCGCUGGUCGGCCGCCGCCUUCCCCGACUGGACGGCGCUGUUCCCGGACAGGUUCGUCUCGCUGCGCGGCGCCACCCUGCACGUGGCCAGCGACGACGGCGACAUGCCCUUCUUCUUCAGGAAGCCAGACGGCACCUUCGACGGCACCAGCAAGAGGAUGAUGGACGCCCUGGGCGAGUGGAUGGACUUCUCGUUCACGCUCACUCGUCGGGCUAGUGACACUAACCGUUCUAACACUAACACAGCACAAAACACGCACCCCUGGCGUUAUGCAACACCCAAGCCAAAAUCAGAUCAACGUGAAUCCCUUACACAAAGUGCACGCAACCUUACCUUGACCGCCCGCAAUAUAAACCCCCUCGUCCUUGCAGAGAAAUGGGGAGAAAAGGUGAACGGGACUUGGGUCGGGAUGCUGGGGGACGUGUGGCGCGGGGACAAGGACCUCGCCAUCAACUACUUCUCCGUCACCCUCGAGAGAGUGGAGGACUUCGACUACUCGGUGUCUCAUUACAACGAAGGCUUCGGGUUUAGCAUCAUGAUCCCGCCUCCUCUCCCCCGCUGGCUCAACCUCAUCUACCCGUUCAGCCUCCUUGUCUGGGCGGCUGUGGGCGGCAGCUUACUGGUGACCGCUGCCACCCUCUAUGCUCUCAGUUACGCCCGACAACAUCUGUCACCGUUUCAGAGCUUUAUAUUCACUGUGCAGAGCCUGAUGAACCAGAGUAUACAAAAGAUUCCCGCUCCCUGGCCGCUGCGUGCGUUCGUGGCCGUGUGGUGGAUUACGGCCUACAUCAUCGUCAUUUCGUAUACCUGCAACCUCAUCGCCGUCCUGACUGUUCCCGUUUACCCGAAGAGGAUCCACACCAUCAAAGAACUAGCGGAUAGUGACUACAGGAUAUGCAUGCUGGACUACGGCGAGUUCGUCCCCGAGGCGCUGGCCACCUCCUCGGACGCCACGCUGUUCGCCCUGGGCUCCAAGCUGGACCUGAGCCCCGUGGUGGAGACCCAGUACUACGGGGAGGAAGGCUGCGUCGAAAUGGUGCUGGACGGCCACCACGCGCACGUCGAAACGUAUUCCUUUGUGAAACUCCUUUACAGCGAAAUGGGACACGGCGACGAGGUCUAUUUCGUGAAGGAGCAGAUCUACGAGGCGAAUCUGGCCUUCUUCUUCAGGAAGAAUACGCCCUGGAAGUACAAGUUCGACCAGGGGAUUCGCCGCCUGGUCGAAGCCGGCCUCGUGCACAAGUGGUACGACGACAUCAUGGACGGGUUGAGACGAAAGCAUUCCAAGGAAUACUCGCAGUCCGAAUCCGCCGAGAAGCCCCUCACGCUUGCCCAUCUCCAGGGGCCUUUCCUCAUAUACGCCGUCGGCCAACUGCUGUCAGCUUUCAUCUUCCUCUUCGAAUAUUUUUCCUCGAAACAGCAGCCCGACAGCUAGACAAUCAUCAAACUGUAGUAUUUUCCCGACAGACCUCUCGACGAACUAUUGAAAUGACUGGUUAUUUUAGGCCGAGUUAGGACACAUAAAUAUAUUAGCCUAGCCAGAUAGUAACAAGAAUUCAGGAACUACGGCAUACGACCCGAAAUUAGGUCCGACCUUGAGCCACUGAACCGGAUAUCAAAGGAUUCGAAGCACAAAGCACCACUGACUACAACGUCACGAAAAUUACUCAAUACAAAAUAGCACCAAAUUCCAUGUUCCGUAUUUGAUGCAAAAGUCUAAUAUUGAAUACUACUGAACACAUUCAAGUAACAUAAACACCGU